GUCUAGUGCGAGUUUCAUAAAACCAAUCGAGUAACUUUACUAUCGCGUUAAUCGAGCUAACGUCAAACGCAUCGACUAUCGAAAACACGCGAGUGCGAGAAACCAUCGAGUCUUACUACUCGAUCGCCGUUUGCUCACCGUGAGUUGCGUUUACUGUAUUUCUUAAGUUGGCAGCUUUGAAGCGUCUUCAAAUAAGCCUACCAAAUUUAGAAGAAUGCGUUACAUAUUACUCAUAUAGACGUUGCUAGAUCUCUCAAAACUAAACGGAUUAUCGCAUUCCGCCAUUGUUUGUUAUUGUUAUUGUUUGGGUCGUCGUGUCGCGUCGUUUUGAUUUGUUUGUUUUCAUUUUGAGUUUCGUGUUUUCUAAAACCAAAGACCUUUGUCUAAAACCAAUAAGAAUGAGAACUAGUUCAUCACAAUUCGAAUUAAUGGUGACGUUUAUGCAGGAGUAAGUUCAAAUAAGAUUGAAUGUUAUUAAUUACACAUAUUACUACAGUGAAGUUUUUUGGAAAGUUGAAAUGGCUUCGUGAUUCAAUUUCUCAUUGUGUUAUGAUUGUGCUAUAUAGGCAUGGAGAUUUAAGCAAACCCUCCACCAAUGCUAGAGGCAGGAUGACUACAAUUAGACGGUGGGAGGAAUUAACUACAUUUCUAAAUAGCGAUGGAAGUGGUGACACAAAAACCACUGAAAAGUGGAAAAAGGUGUGGAGUGACUUAAAAAAUAAUACAAAAAAAAAAGCUGCUCGUAUCCACCGAGCAGCCUCAGGUACUGGUGGUGGGCUUGCCCUAACAAUUAAGUUAACAGAUUUAGAACAAAGAGUCCUAAAUCUUAUUGGUAUGCAGGCUGCAACAGGCUUGGCAGUGGCAGAGGGAGGUUUUUCACAGGAGAUUAAUAUUGAAAGAAAUAUGCCAGACCCUGUUGAAGAAAUAAGGCUACCAUCGCCUUCUGGAAGUACCCAAGCUGAAGACAUUCAAAUAAUAGAAAUCGCAGAGUGCACUGAUUCAUUGAACGAGCCUGGACCAUCUAGGCGAGAUAGCAGACCACAACCCCCAGUCCAAAUGCCACCUCCUACGUCUCCACCUCCUCACCACGUAGAGGCUGUUGUAAUAGUAGAAAAUGCAGAAAACCGGAUCUCACCAGUUCCACCACCACAUGCUGAUGCAACUCAGGCACAGCCUGCUCUCUCUGGGCAAACAACACCUCGCCGCAGUAUCAGGCCAAGAGUCUCUCGAACAAGACCAUCACCUAGGAGACUCGUAAGGCCAACACAAACAGAGCAGGCGGCUCAACAUUUCCUCCAUUCUGAUGAAGAAUGGAGGAAGUUCAAGAUACAGCAGCAUCGUGAUAAUGUGGAAAUGGCAAGAGACAAAAACCGGGUACGGGAAAUGGAGGUGGAAACGCAGAGGACAUGGCUAGCUUUAGGUUCUAGAGUAUUAGAUUUAGUUGAUAAGGUAGUAAAUAAAUUUUGUAAAGAUUAAAUUAGAUUAGUAGCUUACCAUACCUCAUAGUUGUAUAAGUAUUUCAUCAUUAGUUUGUUAGUUAAAUAAAGAAUAAUACCAAUUGAACAUAAAUAAAAAGAUU